GUUACCUGCACAGGAAAGCACAGGUGUCUGAUGGAGCCAUCCUUUCCUAACACCAGAAACCAGAGUCCUUUUUAAAAGUCAUUAAUCCCUUGUUUAAUAUACUUUUUUGGGGGACAGUACUGGAUUAAUGACAUGAAUGAGAUAAAUUGUCAAUUUUUUACAGUGGAAUUUGAAUGUUCGUGUCAUUAAUACUCAUGAGAAAAAAGCAAAGCGCUUUCGGCGGAUUUUGACAUUGAUAUUCAUAAGUUAUAAAAUCAUAUACCCCUCUCUUAAAUUUUAUUAGUCGUGUUUUAGCUUCACAAGUCAGACUUCUGCUAUAGGAACACACAUUUCAUAAAGCUCCCCAUUUCUGGGGAUAGUGAUAUACUGGGUUCCUGAAAAAAGAAAUGCAAAGAUACCAAACAUCCUUACUUUCUGCAUGGUUUCGGCAUGUACGUUCCCAGCAAGCUGUAUCAGUUUCUUGGAGAUACCACCUUAACAGCAAGUAUUGGCAUAGCGCACCUUUCCCAUUUUCUAAUAAUGAUAUGCAUCCCAAUUUUUUGUUGACAAAGACACCUGAGCCGCUUGCUGAUGCACAGUCUACGAUUGUUAGACCUGCAACAUAUAUUGAACCAAGCGGACUUGCUCAUUUUCUUUCAAAAUAUCCUUUUUUCCAAAAUACAGAUCCCGAAGAUGUGUCUGAACUCGUACAGAAAAUGGAAAUUUUAAGUCAUUAUAUAUUAGAUACCCCAUCUCUGCGGCAGUUUUCCAAGGACGAAAAGAAAGAAUUUCAACAAUGGGUUUAUAACUACAUGACCAACUUGAUAACCAAAUCAUCAAAAUUGAGCUUUAGUGCUUACCAGCGUCUUAGUCCUUUGGCCUUAACUUAUGUUACCGGUUUGUGGGCAAAAAUAGCUAGGGAAAAGAACUUAUAUGAAUUCCUCCACAUGAUUUUACUUCGUUUUUUAGAGAGAUUCUCUGCCUUGGAUCUGACACACACAGCUUCUAUGUAUUCUAUUAUGAAAAACAGUUGUUGGAGUGACUCGUCGUUAUCAAAUAUGUUAAAAUUACAAUACUUCAAGUCGUUGUUGCUUUAUCAUUUGCAGCACCGGAACAUACCAAUGCCGCAAGAGACGUUAUACACUCUUAAAAAAGCCAUAUUUUCAAAGAAACAGAAUUCAGCAAACAUGGUCCCUAUCUCGUUUCCCCGUGAUUUACAAUUGAACCAUGUAUUUGAUUUUCUUACUCAACUAGCCGCCUCUAACAAUGAAACCUUCUGGGCAAACCAGUUACACAGAUUAUGGAUCGACGCUGGCGUGGGUCCAUUACCAAAGCACUCUUUUAUUUCUUUUCUCCAGUUAUAUUCAAGACACGGACUUUUAACAAAGAUGCAAAACCUACUUAAUGUCCGUGACCAUACUCAGUACCUCCAUGACCAUCGCGUUUUGUCAGCUUUUAACAACUGCUUUGCUAGAUCUGUUGAUCCGCUCUUCAUCCAUGUCACAAUAAACUCUUGGAGUAGCCAUUUUGCAAAACGUUAUGAGAUGUACUUACCAUAUAUAUACAAGUUUUGCAUGCAUUCUUUCCUAAAACAAAAAGAAUUUCAGAAAGCAGUUAUGUUUUUUACAAAAAUCCCCCAGAAGUAUCUGAUGGAAGCUAUAGUAGCUCAGCUAUUGAAAGCACUAACUGGUGCUCGCCAAUUUCAUGAUGUGCUGUCCAUCUUUCAUACGUAUUAUUCUGGUGAUACGUUAUUCUUACUAAAAAACAAGAAAUUAUUAAAAAUGGCUUGCAAACCUCCAAGGUAUAUAUUUGAUAUUCGGCCAAAGUCCUUACAUGCUUCUCCCACGGCUAGCACCGCGUUGGCAGUAGCCAUUUGUUACGUGCUGAAUAAUGCAACGGAAGUUUACAAUGUAUUGAGGGAAGCUUUAUCGUAUUCAGAGAAAAGGGUGCCGUUCCAUUAUAAAUCUUACCACGUGCUGUUUAAUGGUGUGCUAAAAUUGCCAUAUACGAGUCAUGAAUUGAUAAUUCAAUCCUUUUCAUUGUUGAAACUAAGAAGAAGAUCGUAUUUGGAAGAGAGAACUGAAUUUUAUAGUGUUCUGCUUUCUUACUUCGUUACUAAAGGUGAUUUCCCUCACGCGCUUCAAGUUAUGCAUAUUCUGUCACGGAACAAAAAUGGGUUAAGUAUACACACAUGGAAUUGGUGGCUCUUGUCUUUGGUACGAUCCAAGCUCUAUGAUCGAGUAGUUCGUGCGUGCUGUGAGUUUCAAAGUUCUAAGGUUCAUUCAAACGAGCGAACUAACGAAAUCAUGUCAAUGUUGCCCAGUGUUUACCAAUCUAAGUUGAAAGAACUGAAGUUGAAGGGAUAGGAUACCUUUAUAUAUAUAUAUGUUUUUUUUUUGGAAAAUGCUUUGCAAAAGAAAUUAGAAGUCACCGAAGAGAUCCUCUAGUGAAGUAUGUUUGUUGUUUGAAUGCAUGGCUAUUGGAUAAGAAUUGUGCAUUUAAAAUUAUGUGUUUUCUUUAUCUUUUUUUUUUUUUUUAAAAAAAAAGGGUUUGUUCACUUAGUUACGCUGGAUUCAUCUACGUUCUUUACCUUGUAACACCUUUUAUUUUACGUUUUUGUUAUGUACAACUGUUCGUUUAUGCCAUCACCUAUCUACUUAAUAAAACGGCUUUUCUCAAAAAAUUCUUAUAACACUUAAAUAAACAGGGAAGUAAGUGACUGGAUAUAAAAGCCAUUUACCAAUGUUUUUACCAACCGUUUAAUAGACGCAUUUUAACAACAUUUUAACUAU